GAAGACGCUCCCCCCAUUUUCUAAUUUUCAACGCUAGCGGCCCCUCCGGAAAAGAAGCAAGAUGGCUGACGAAAAUGACGAGAGAAAAUCACGUGCUGUGGUCUCUCUAAUAUCGGUCGGAGUUGUGUUGGUUAUUGGCUUUCCUGUGUGGUGGAAUACGACAAAGGUCUACAGAGCUACACUCCCACAUCACGAAAUACUAAAGUUGAGCGAAUUGGAGACGAACAUCAACAUUCCUUUGACAAUAAUUUUUGAACAGCCAGGGGAGAGGAAGGAUUUUAUGAGCAUAUUAUCCAAGAAAUUGAACUCGGAAGUAAAAGAGAAUCAUCCUGUUGAUCUGAGAUUUAUCAUAAAUGUCAGAGAAGUGAAUGUCGAAGAAAAGCAAUCACUUCGCUUAUUAGUCAAUGAAGUAAAUUUAGAAGCACUUGAUGACAGCAUCCAAGAGUUAUGGAAGUCAAAUGCUGAGAAAAUCGAGUAUAAAUUCAUUGUUUUAUCACAACAAGAUGAGCUGUCAAAGUUGGCUCGUUAUGCUCAAUGUUUUGUUGGUAAAUACAGGCAUGCUAUCAUCCUCCAUAAUGAUGAUCCAACCCAUCUUUCUGAUGUAAUUGCAAAUGUCACCAAGAAGGUGUUCAUCCAGGAACAAGUCAUAAAAGAUGCAUUUUAUCAACACAAGAACAGCGAUGAUCUUCAUGAGGGAAUUGAUGAAAUUAGAGAUUUGAAAUCAGUAACAGGAUUUCAUCUCUCGUUCAGCUUAAUCAAUGACGAGCCUGAAACAGGAAUUCUCAACUGGAACAUCAAAGAAACAAUAGCUGAAAUUUUGCAACCUUUCAUCAAUAAGAUAUCUUAUUUCGAUGUGUCAGUUGACUCUCAGAUUCUUCAUUACAGCGGAGUCAAUUUGAAGCCUAAGACAGAUGGUGAAGUGAAUUAUUUAGACACAGAAGAUCUUCCACAUAUGAUUAACCCCAUAGAAAGAAAGCUUGGUUCCUUUGUUUCAUUAAAUCCAAGUUUAAAUUUCAUCGUUUUCGUCCCACCAAAGAAGCAGACACCAUUGAAGUUAAAAGAUGUUGAUGGUGCAUACAGUCCUACGAAUGCUUUCCUAAGUCCUAGAUGGGGAGGUGUUCUCAUUCAUAAUGUUUAUGACAGAAAUGAAGCGAAUGAUUCAGCUCCUCGGACAAUCACAGUUGACCUGACAGCCAUAAUGAAAGUUUUCCUAACACAAAUACGAUUGCUGGUUGGCAUCAAACCACUGACUUCUCAGAAUGGUGUUUUAAUUUCAACUGUGGUGAAUUCUGGUGCAAGAAAUUGGGAAGUUGAUAACUUGUUGCUAGUGAAAACAAUGGAAUAUCUUUCAUCUUCUGCCAAGACAUUGACCUCUCUUACACAGUUGAUGGAUAAGGUUAAAAACAUGAUCAUCGAUGACAACAUCAAGGUGGAAAUUGAGAAUGCCUUGCAAAGCAUCAAAGAAUGCCAACAUAUGUUAUCACAAGGGAACAUUACAUCUGCAUUCAUGUCAGCCAAGGCAGCAAUCAAAUCAUCAGAAAAAGCGUUUUUUGAUCCAUCCAUGCUGGAGUUAAUCUACUUUCCAGACGAUCAAAAAUUUGCAAUUUAUAUUCCUCUGUUUUUGCCAAUGUCUUUGCCGCUUAUCGCUUCUCUGUUUGCCGCCAUUAAAUGGCUAAGAAACAAGGAGGGAGAUGAAAGCAAAACAGCACCAUCUAAAACGGCACCAUCAGAAAAAGUACCAUCAGAAACAGAACCAUCGGAAACAGAACCAUCAGACACAGAACCAUCAAAGGCAGCACCAUCAGAGACGGCACCAUCAGACACAGUAACAUCGGAUACAACUGAAUAAGACGAAGACACGAUAUUCAGUCCGUUGAUAAAAAGAAAGAUGAGUGAGUACUGUUGUUGCGUGAUUUCUCGUGUUGUUCGUAGAUCCUGAUCA